AUGGUCAAGUUCUAUCCGUCCAUCGAGCCCGAUCACCGGGAAUGGAUGCUCAACCAGCCCGUCUUCUUCGUUGCCUCUGCCCCCAGCCUCGGAAAACACAUCAACAUCUCGCCCAAGGGCCUGCCAUCGACCUCUCUCGCCAUUCUCUCGCCCAACCAGGCGGCCUAUGUCGAUGCUACGGGCUCUGGCAACGAGACUCUAAGCCAUGUGCGUGAAAAUGGCCGCAUCACAGUCAUGUUCUGUUCCUUUGAAUCGUCGCCGCGCAUCCUUCGGCUCUUCUGCACCGGCAAAGUGAUCGAGUUCGACGACCCAGCGUUCAAGGGCUGGGUCGGCAAGAUGGGCGUCUCGGACAGAUAUAUCCCCAGCGCCAGGGCGGUUAUUGCACUGGACAUAUUCCAAGUGCAAACGUCAUGCGGCUAUGGGGUUCCUCUCCUAGCCCUCCGGACAGACGCAGAGACAGGCGCCGUGAAGCCGUAUCUCCAGGACCGGGACACCCUUGUGGACUGGGCAGAGAAGCAGGCUGAGAAGAAACAGCUGUCCAAGUACAUGAACGCGUGGAACGCAGAGUCCCUCGAUGGGCUUCCUGGCCUGCGCGCCGCCAUGAUUGCUCGGGGCCAGUCUGACGCCGCCGUUAGCCUGUCCAUUGCACUCUGCAAGUACCGUCGGCCACUUGAGAUCAUCUCUGCCGUCCUGAUGACUGUCCUCGCUCUCUGGCUGGCCGGGUGUUUGCAGCAGCCGGCCUUUUUCGGUCGUACAGGUGCCAUAUUAUAA